AUGCCUCCUUCCCCCUCAACUUCUCCGAGCGACUGUGGGGAUUCAGCCAUGUCCAUCACGGCGGACGAGGACCACGCCGGAUGGACAUUCGGCGACAGCGGCAGUGACGAGGAAGAGGAAUGGACAAAUCGACCUUUUACGGUUGACGAUUUUCCAAGGGUUAGCUACGACCGUGGUGAACAGACUUAUACAAUCUAUGCGAAUCCUGAUUUUUGUCGUCGGGGCCCUGCGCCACUCUCUCUUUUCCGCGCAUACAAUGACCCCCUUGUUGAUAAAGAGAGGGAUUGGUUUUGUGAAGAGUAUGAACUCCAUGACGAGUCUGAAAUCACUGUUAACAAUGUUGGGAUCAAUGAUUGCUCAAAUAGCUGUGAUCGAUCUACAAUGGUCUUGGUGCAGUUCUUUGACCUUAAAAUCGCUGGCUAUCACCAUACCCAGCCUGGACCUGCCAAAAUAUUUGGUUUUUUCGCAGCACGGGAUCGGAUCAAACCCCUGCGCAACUAUGUCUACAAGCGCGAGAUUGAUAAUUAUGAAGCUGUGGCUGUGAAUCGGAAAAUGGGUACUGCACGUUUAUCACUGGGAAGCCCUGCUCGAGGCAUCAAUAUGACAGACCAUGUGUUGUUCGAAUUCAAACUUUGCAUACGGAUUGAAGACCAACCUGACGAGGGGCCAAAAGAGGAGCUUCUAAUUGAAGGAUGUACUAAGUUGAGCAAUAUGUUCAGACCAUCAUUUGUUGAAACCCAGCGUCUUUAUGGAGAGAAGUGUGGAUUGGACCUGAAGUUUGCCGUACUGAACAGCGCAGUUCAAGCAAAGAUUGAUGUUGAGAUAGUUUACGCUCCUGCAUGUGGCCUUAUUCUGAAUCUGUAUGCCAAGACGAGUGGCUUCGGGGAUAUUAUCCGCCUAUUUCGUGGACGUUCAAAAGCCGGUGGUAGAUUCAGUUCUGUUGUGGGGGUUUUGAUAGAUAGCUACCUUGAUGUUUGCGUUGAAGGGUCUUCCAAAGAGGGUCUUUGUCAGAGGUCGCCUCAAGACGGCUGUGGUCUUGAUCAGAAGCUGCCCUGUUAUACCUGGACAGGCAGAUUUGGUGCAUGCUAUCGUGGAACAGUGGUUGAAAAGGUGAAGUUUGAUAAAUUCACUACGAUUUCAGUGAAAGUGACUUGGAGUAUGGUCGAUGAAGAAUGGCGCAUCCGAUAUGCUUAG